AUGGCGUAUUGGAGACUGAGCUCUGGCGAAGCCACGGGCUUCAAGUUCCUCUUCUCAAUCGUCUUCAUCUACGCUUCAAUGUCUGCGAUUGUUUACUGCGUCCUCCACAUGAAAUUUAUCUCUCCGCUUCCUUCCGACGCGCCUCUGGAUCGGUUCUCUGAAGCCAGAGCCGUCGAACACAUCCGUGUCUUGGCCGAGGAGAUCGGUGGUCGCCAGGAGGGUCGAUCAGGGCUUAGAGAAGCUGCAACAUACAUAAAAUCUCAGUUGGAGAUGGUUGAGGUGGAGGAAACUCAGGUGGAUGGUUCCUUUAGCAUGAUGUUUAUUCGCCACAGCAUUUCACUGGGAUACAGAAACCAUACAAAUAUACUUAUGCGUAUCUCGUCGAUGCAUUCUCAUGACACUGAUGCAUCUGUAUUGAUGAAUGCACAUUAUGACAGCCCUAUCAACUCACCUGGAGCUGGUGACUGUGGGUCAUGUGUAGCAUCACUACUUGAAUUAGCAAGACUGGUAGUGGAUUCUGGCUGGUCCCCUCCUCAACCUAUAAUUUUUCUCUUCAAUGGUGCCGAAGAGCUUUUUAUGCUGGGCUCGCAUGGCUUCAUGACAAAGCAUAAGUUGAAAGAUACCAUUGGAGCUUUUAUAAACGUGGAAGCUACUGGGACAGGGGGUAUUGAUCUGGUCUGCCAAUCAGGGCCUAGCUCGUGGCCGUCCUAUGUCUACUCUCAAGCUGCAGUGUAUCCAAUGGCUCAGAGUUCAGCACAGGAUGUUUUCGAUGUUAUGCCUUCAGACACCGAUUACAGAAUGUUUGCAAAAGAUUAUGGUGACAUUCCCGGGCUAGACAUUAUCUUUCUUCUGGGCGGUUACUACUACCAUACUUCAUUUGAUACCGUUGACAGAAUAGUACCUGGAAGCAUGCAAGCUCGUGGAGAAAACUUAAUCAGUGUGCUUAAAGCCUUCACGAGUUCUAAGCUGAAGGUUGCUAGUGAAAGAAAGUCGCUUGACGUGGAUGUUAAUAGUGACAUGGUUGAAAGAGCUGUUUACUUUGAUUACUUAACAUUGUUCAUUGUGUACUAUCCAAAGAAAGUAGCCAUGGUACUUCACAACAUUCCAGCUACUUUGUUCGUUCUUGUUUCUUUCUUUUUGUAUAUUCGGGACCCUGGGGUACACCCUUGGUUGUCUAUCGUCUGGGCUUUGUCGAAAGGACUUAUGCAACAUGCCGCUGGAAUUUUACUUGGCGUCAUAUUCCCUAUUCUUUUUUCAGUCAUCAGAUUGUCCUUUGCUAAUCCCAUGAGCUGGUUUGCUCAUCCAUUCGUAGCUUUCUUGAUGUUCGUCCCCGUCUCAUUUUUCGGUCUUUUAAUUCCAAGAACUAUCUCUGAUCGUGUCGCACAUUGUCAAGGUGUUUCAUCUAAGAAGAUUAUGAAAGUUGAAACAUCUGAUGAGGCAAGGUUUUGGGGAGCAUUUGGGUUCUAUGCUUUUGCAACUUCGGCAUAUUUUUUCGCUGGAUUAAGUGGAGGAUUCACGAUGUUUGUCAUCUGCAUUUCUAUGCUAUUGGGAAGGAUAGCUUUCUGUUUUUCUGUCAAGUCAUAUGGCUAUGAUUCAGUCAAGUCUCCCAUGUUUUAUGUGAUACUUCUUCUUCCAUGCCUUUUGUAUUCUGUCUAUUUUGGUGGUAUUCUUGCACUAUUUUUGAUUGAGAAGACAGGAAUGAUGGGAGCAAUUCCACCACCUUAUGGAUUUUACCUUGCAGAUGUAGCAGUAGCUGCAGUCAUUGGAGUUGUCACUGGCUUGUGUGUGGGCCCAAUAAUACCAAUUUGUGAUCGUUGGCUGGCCAAAUCGUCGAUCAUGAAAUUCGUGCUGCAUUUCAGUAUUGUUAUGUUGGCGGUAUCAUCACAGUUCUUUCCUUAUAGCAAAGAUGCACCGAAGAGAGUUGUACUCCAACAUACAUUCAUCACUGCGGAUGGAAAUGAAAUCACAGGCUCGAGUUACGAUUUAGCUGUCGUUGAUUCAAAUUCUAUGGAGUUCGUUUUUAAGCAUGCUCCAGAGGCUGCAGUGGAACUAAAUGUUGGCUCCUCGUAUUCAUUGGGAAACGCUGAGGUGUCUCCUCACGAAGCUUGGUUGGCACUUUUCCCUAUUUCAUGUGUAGUAACAACAAAUGAGAGGUUCCCUGAUAAAGGCAACAAGAUUUUUGAAGGAUAUAGCCAAUUCCCACACCUAAAAACUCAUAAACCGCAAACAACAUUUAAAAACGGAACUCGCAGAGUUCAUCUGGAACUGUCUCUGGGCUCGUUGGAGGAGAUCUGGGUCACGGUUCUGAACAUAACUGGUCCGUUAUCAGGAUGGUCCUUCGCAGAUGGCAAACCUCCAGCACCUGAACUCCCACGGGGCGGCGGUCCUCCAUCUUACAUGUUGAGACUUACUGGCAACAGCGCUGAGAAGUGGAUCUUCUGGCUAGAGGCAAGUAGCGAAGAAGAAGUAAGAGUAGAUGUAGGUGUUCUUGAUCAACGAAUUGAUGAAGAAACUAAACAUUUGAAAAGUCUAUUCCCUAGAUGGGCCGAUGUAAUUGCAUACACAAGCUUUCUUUCAACUUACUUCUUCUAA